CAGCAGUUUCACCGCAAAUCCAUUGGCGACUGGGACUUUAUCAAGACCAUCGGUGCCGGGUCCAUGGGGAAGGUCAAGCUUGCGAAGCACGUGCGCACGGGCGAUGUGUGCGCGGUCAAAAUCGUGCCACGCGCAGCGAAGCUCUACCAGCGUGCGCACCAGCAUGACUUGCCGCCGCUCGACAAGGCGGAGGCUGCGAAGCGUACCAAAGAGUAUCAGAAGGAGGUUGCGCGUGACAAGCGUACGAUCCGCGAGGGCGCGCUUGGGCGUUUGCUCUACCACCCGUUUAUCUGCCGACUCUACGAGAUGAUUCCGAUGACCAACCACUACUACAUGUUAUUCGAGUACGUACAAGGGGGGCAGAUGCUCGACUAUAUCGUGUCGCACGGAUCGCUCAAGGAGCGACAUGCACGCAAGUUCGCGCGCGGUAUCGCGUCCGCGCUCGACUACUGCCACCGCAACUCGGUCGUGCACCGCGACCUCAAGAUCGAGAAUAUCAUGAUUGCCAAGAGUGGUGACAUUAAACUCAUCGACUUUGGGCUCUCCAACAUGUUUGACAAACACAACUUGCUCAAGACGUACUGUGGGUCGCUCUACUUCGCGGCGCCCGAGCUUCUCUCCGCACACCCCUACAUAGGCCCGGAGGUGGACGUGUGGUCGUUCGGAGUGGUGUUGUACGUGUUGGUGUGUGGCAAGGUGCCGUUUGACGACCCCUCGGUGAGCGCGUUGCACGAGAAGAUCAAGCGCGGCAAGGUAGACUACCCGGACCACCUCUCGCGUGAGUGCCUUGCGUUGUUGUCGCGCAUGUUGGUGGUGAAGCCUGAUCAACGCGCAACCCUCGCAGAAGUGAUGAGCCAUCCGUGGAUGGUUAAGGGGUUCGACGGUGCGCCUGCAUCGUACAUGCCGUUGCGUUUCCCCAUCAGCCUCCCGUUGGACCAACAGAUUGUGCGCGACAUGGUCAACCUCGACAUGGGUACGGAGGAGCUGAUUGCUGGCGAUUUGGCCGAAAUCUUGUCCAGUUCUGAGUACAAGGCAUCGUACGACAACUGGUACGCAUACUACAAUGCGAAUGCGAAGUACCGCGACGUGAGCUACGUGCAUCCCGACUCGGGCGUGAUUAUUCCUGACCCUACCAAUGCGUACCACCCGCUUAUCUCCAUCUAUUACCUUGUGGAGGAGAUGCGCAAGCGCAAGCGUGCGAAAGAAGACGCCGUGCGAGCGGAAGAGAAACCUGCGGAGGAUCCAAAACCAGAACCUGUGGCCGUGGAGAAACCUGAGCCUGUGGCUGAGAAGCCGCACGUAACGCUACCGACAUUCCCGGAACCAGCGUACGCCGCGGCGCCACCACUGAGCAAGUACCAGACGCUCGUGCCAGGCCCCGCACCACCUGCGAUGGCACCACCACAGCAGCAGCCGAGCCGCACUCUGUCUACCCGCAAGAGCUACGACAGCGCGGCGUCUGCCGAGCCGCCUACCACGCCAUCCAAGGCGCAGGGGUUCAACUUGUUCCGCCGCUUCAGUGCGAAGAAGCCCAAGGAGGUGUCGCCGGGAUACGACCUCCCUCCGUUGCCGAAUAUUGAGUUUGAUAUGGAUGGACAAACAGCCAAGGGGGCUGGCGUCACGGACAUGACCCUUGAUCCUAUACGUCGCGGCGUGAGUAUGAAGGUGACGUCAAGGGAGAGAAAGCACGAUAAUGACCUGGGCGAGAAGUACUUGCAGCCGCGCGCCAACCACACGCGCACGGCCUCUGCCGCGGCACCUACUGCCCCAGCCUCCGCUCCGGUUGCCACGCCGAUCUCAGGCGUGCAUUACGAAGAUGACCACGACAACGACGACUUUGUGGUCUCAGGAAACUAUGCGCCACCGCAGAAGCUGACCACUAAGCGCAAGAUGCAUCCAACCGCGCGCGCAAAGUCUGUGGGCCACAUGCGCGCAGAUACGAAAUUCGACCCGCCGCCGUUACCAACGCACCUUGAUCCGAAGCAGUAUGGCGCGUUGACCAACGGUAAGGAUGGCAGUUUCUUUGACGAUGUGACGCUCGACUCGCGGGAAACGCCGGAGAAGAGUGCGCUUCCAAGCAUCGCGACGUUGACGCACCAGUCGCAUCUCACAGACCGCCAGGUCAUUGAGCAGGCCGCGCGCGCUCCGUCAGGCUCCAUGCCGUCGAUUGAGUUCCCACGCACGCUUUUCCUCAAGGGAUUUUUCUCGGUGCAGACCACAUCCACGAAACCGUUGCCGGUCAUUCGCUACGAUAUUGUGAGCGUGUUGAGCAAGUUGGGUGUCACGUUCACUGAGGUCAAGGGCGGUUUUGUGUGUAUGCACACGCCGUCGAUUGAGGCCAACCCCGUUCCAGAGGAGGAGCCGAUAUACGAGAAUGCUUUGACGUCGAAGUCGUCGGAAAAUGACACCGCCAUCGGACUCGGUGACGAGGACGAAGGGAGCAAGACCCACCGUCGCAAGUUUUCGCUCGGGACUACGUUGUUGAGCUACAGGCGCAAGACCGACUCGGGGGCGAAUCUCCAGGAGCCUGCGCCAGAGCUCGCGAACCAAAUCCGCAAGGCCCGUUCACCGUUGAAGUUUGAGAUCCAUUUGGUAAAGGUGCCGUUGGUGGGGUUGUAUGGUGUUCAGUUUAAGAAGGUGCUUGGGAACACGUGGAUGUACAAGGCGUUGGCGGGGCAGAUUUUGGGCGAGUUGAACUUGUAG